UUCCUUAUUGUUUCUUUGUUUACAUUCACUAUUGGGUCACACUAAAGGCGAUGAGUGGUCUUCAUUACAAUAGGAAAACAUAUUUUUUGUAUUCUUGCAGUGAUUAAUAAAACAUUUUCGUUACAACAAGUGGACAAGGAGUCCUAUAUCAAGAUGGACCAAACAAUGCGAGAUAAGCUAUCUCAACUGGUUGAGGAAUUAACUACCUCUGGAGAACCACAGCUAAAUCAAGACAAAAUGAAAGAAGUGAAGAAAAUUUGCAGAGUUUCCGAUAGCUACAUUGAUCACUUCUAUCACUUAAUCAUGACCCAGCUGAACCAGGAACAUGCCGAGAUCCGUCUUUCUGCCUUUCAGAUGGUCAAUGAGGUUUUCAGCCGGUCGCAUCACUUCAGAGUUCUUCUCAUCACAAACUUUCAGGAGUUUCUGGAGCUUACAGUAGAAACUGAUGCUGAGCAGCCUUUGCCUCCACCCAAAGAGGUGGCAAGAAAACUCAGGACACUUGCCAUUCAGACUGUGCAGUCAUGGCACGCCACGUAUGGAGAGGCGUAUAAGAAACUGUCUCUGGGAUAUCACUUUCUUAAGCAGAUUAAAAAGGUGGAUUUUCAGGAUGUUGAAGCUAGAACACUGGCUGAGAGAAAGAGACAAGAGGAGAAACAGAAGAGAUUGGAAAGAAUUUACAAAGAGAAGCUUGACAAGGCCAAACAAGAGAUGGAAGAAAUGACAUCUGGGAUUGAGGAGACCUUGACUGAGAUGAACAACUGCAUAAGACUGCUGGCAACCGAUGACUUUAACCUGUUUGAUGAAGACUCGGCAGCCAGUAUCUCCACCACAGCCGAAGACCAAUCUGACCAGCCCUGCUGCAGUAAAGACCUGAGUAAUGAGCACAAUGGAAAGAUGAUGGAGAAGAAAACUGACAAAGAACAAACAGAUGAGUCUAGUGAUGAGAGUGACAUGGAGGAAGUUCCUGAUGAGGAUGCAUUUCUCCGCAGCACCGGCCUGAUGUCUUACAGAUAUCAGCUAGAGUUGGAUGUGUCCGCAGAUUUAAAAGUGAGAGAGACAGAAGAGAAUGAGGCAUUAGUAAACACGGUGAGGGAUCUUCAUAGACUCGUCACAACCAGACAUCUGCCUUUGGUGCAGUCCUGGGUCCAGGUCUUUACAAAGGUUGGUGUUGAGGAAGAACUCAUGAGGAGAGCCACGGAGUUAAAGAAAUCACUGGAACACGUCUUAAGAAAACAUGAAUAUCUUCAUAUAGAUUACAAGGACAGAGAGAGAUUAGUGAUGAGAGCUCCUGAGGAUGGAGAGGAUGACGAUGAUGAUUUUGUGGAUGUGCCGGAAAAGGAAGGAUAUGAACCUCAUAUUCCUGAACAUCUGCGGACAGAGUAUGGACUUGAUGAAACUCCUUCGACAUCAACCUCUGGGACGAAAGCAAAACCUUCGAGACCAGUGGUCAAAUGUGCUGUUCCUCCGGUGUCCUCCAGUCUCUCUCGGCUGAAGAGGAGGAUGUGUGAUGAAGAGCAGGAUCCCACCUGUGCUGCUGCAACCCUGCGUGUGUUAAAACAGAAGCUUCACCCAGCCCCGUCCACAAGUGUGCCUGAUGGCUCUUCUGAGUCUGCAGUGAGCAGCAGUGACCAGAGCAACAUGACUAAAAACAAAGCCUCAUUCAAGGCCCCCGUCAUCCCAUUUGGAAUGGAUCUUUACUAUUGGGGUGAAGAGCAGCCCACCGCUGGCAAAAUAAUCAAGCAAACCUCACAACAUCAAUUCUGGGUUCCUCAUGAGGUGGAGGAAGAAGUGGAGAACAAGGAACUUUCUGCACAGAUGAAGUCUAGAUGUAUCACUUAUGCUGGGAAAUUCAAACCCGUGGAACACAAAUGCAAAGCACCAAUGCCCAAUGGAUCUUUGUGUGAGCGUCAAGAUAGAGUAAAGUGCCCGUUCCAUGGACACAUUAUCCCUCGGGAUGAGCUGGGCAGGCCUGUUAACCCUGAAGAUGCACUACGAUUGGAGAGGGAGAAGAGGAAACGUGAGGAGGAGCAGCCAGACUGGCGAGACCCAGAGCUGAUGAGGGAGAUUGAAGCCGCCACUGGAGAAGAUCUGGGCUCCUCUAAGACAUACGGGAAGGGGAAGAAGGGCAACAAAGGAAAGUCAAAGAAAAAAUACCCAAACCUUACAGACCUGAAGCAAAAAGCCAAUACCUCUCGCUCCAGAUUAGAGAAGAAAGUCUUUAACAAGAGCUCUAUGAGACGAGUUACCGAAGUCAUGAACAAGAUGGACAAGAGGAAGCAUGAGAAGUUUGCAAAUCAGUUCAACUACGCACUGAAUUAAAGGAUAAAGCAGCACUGCCACAUGCAAAUGCUUGGAUUAUUCCACAGAAAAUAAACUGAAGCUCACCUCAACAUGUAGGCUAACUGUGCCUCAAAUGAAGUACUGUAUUUUUUUAAAAUCAUUUUAAUGCUUUUUUAUUUAUUUAUGAUUUGCUUUGUAUGUACAAGGUGUAUAACGAUUUAAAUUUUGAAUUUGAAUCAAUUUUUUUUUACUUUUUGUAUUUAAUGAAUUCUAAUUUUGAAUAUGAAUGUAGGUUUUGUCAAUGUAUCUGUGUCAACUGUAAUGCCUGCAUAUUAAUGGAGUAAAUUUUCUACUUGCUUUAUUAAGACAUAA